GACCACGAGGACUAUCAAUCCCUUUGCCUCAUUCCUUCUUCACCGCUCACAGCUUCGUCCUCUUCGUACCUUCUCACCUCAUCGCACGUCCUCCCAAGUAUCACCUUUCAUUUCCUCCCUGACAACAAUGCCAGAAAACACUCAGAAAAAGACUGUUCUCGUGCUAGGCGCAGGAAACUUCGGCUCCUGUCUAGCAUCCCAUCUAGGCGACGUUCAGCACAAUGUAUAUAUGUGGGCCAGGGAAGAAAACAUCGUCAAGCAUUUCAAUGAACACAAGCGCAACCCUGUGUACCUGCAGGACCACGAGUUUCCGCGCAACAUCACUGCCAUUGGUCCGGAACUCCCCACAAAGGAAUUCAUCGCAACGAUGGACGUCUUGAUUUUCGCUAUCCCGACACAGUUCUUGAGGGCAAACCUCGAGGCCCUCCGCCCACGACUAGACACCGCCAAUCUACCACUGCUCAUCUUUGUUAACAAGGGUAUCGAAAUUGGUACCCAUGCUUUGACGCUUGAAAUCAUAGCCGACACUUGUGGCUCUGAGAUCGCCAAGGCGUCGACUUUUAUUUCUGGGCCUUCGUUCGCCAAAGAAAUCGUACAGCGACAACCCACAUCCGUCUCUGUUGCGUCAUUCACGGAGGAGGAGGCGGAUAAAGCGGCCAACCUAUUCCAUCAACCCCAUUUCCGAUGCUACACCGGAGGAGACCCAAUUGGUAUCGAGCUCUCGGGGGCAUUGAAAAACGUCUAUGCUAUCGCUGCAGGCAUGUCUGAUGGACUUGGCUUUGAGAAUAACACGCGAGCCAUGAUUAUAACGCGUGGUCUUGCUGAGAUGACUUGCAUCGGAACGGCAUAUGGCGCAUCCCCACUGACAUUCCUCGGCUUGUCAGGUGUCGGAGACCUCUUCCUCACUUGCAGUUCAUCAAACAGUCGGAACUAUACGGUUGGAUACCGUUUGGGUAAGGGUGAAUCCCUGGAUGUGAUUAUGAAGACCUUGGGCAGUGUUGCCGAAGGUGUCUCCACCACCAAGGGAGCAAAGAAGAUUAUCGACGAACUCGGUGUGAACGCCCCUAUCGCGAACUCGGUGUACGAUGUUCUGUAUAAUGGCAAAGACACGAGGGCUGCUAUGUCUGACCUGUUAAAGCUCCCACCGUCGCGAGAACUCGAGCUCCCUCCUAUCAUUGGCGGUCCUGCGCGACAGUUGAACAAGAAGCUUGGGCUCGGAACGCCUGAAGCUGUCACCCCUCCAUUACAAUUCCAAUCUAGUCUUUAGAUUUAUUAGUUGACGCCGUCUAAUGAUUUCCUUAUAACAUCUAUUUUUUCUGGG